UGUGAGUGGGGCGGACUCGAUAGCUGCAAUAGCGAGCGAAUGGUGGGAGGUGACGUCGCCGCCGCAUGCUAUGCUGUGCGUUGUGGCGGAGGAGAGGGCGAGUCUGGAGUCCGAACUUCGGAGUUGUCCGCUGUGGACUCUGUCUCUGAGGUGGCUGGAAAGUGGAAAAAGAAAUACGGAAAUACAUACAUAUAUGCAUAAAACUUCAAAAUGGCGUGGUCUGGUGUGUGAAGACGUCAGUGUGUUUAGUGCAUCGUACGCAAAAUAAAGCAAUUUUGAAAGAGACAAGGACAACGAACGCUGCAUUUCAUAAUACACUCAAGCUGAAUGUUCAUCCAAAUGUCCGCGGUCGCCCAUUCUAUGCCAGGUAGCAAUACGAACAAACUCGCACAAAAUCGUAACGCCGAGAGUAUAGGGUAAGUUUGACAUAAUUCUGCCUUGGGGUGACGAUCAUGAUUUGACUGUUUGCAUAUCAAUUUCAUUAUAUGAUUGUUGGUCAAUGAUGCCGAAAAAUCAACAUUUCUUGUUGAUUAAUCUCUAAGUAAAAGAGUAGUUGUGGUUGAUUGAAUUUGAUUCGAUUUCAUGGUAAGCAACAGAGUUAUUGGUUCAAUCAUUGUACAGUAUUCUUGACUCGGUUAAGUAGAAGGAAGGCUUAAUGAGCUUAUGCAUGCGAUUGCCAUAGUAGAGCUUCAUUGUAAUUCAGUCUAGCAACAAUUAGUCAUAAUAUUGAGCUUGUGGGUCGAGGGUUCGGAUUCAUGGUAGAGAAUACGAAAAUCAAAGGGAAAGAUGGAGGAAAGAUUGUCGAUGUCGAGGUGCCAAGAUAAGGCGACGAGCGCAAGGUGGGGAGUGGACGGCGCCGAGAGAGAGAAGCAGAAUGGCGUGUACAGGUAAAGGUAUACGACGGGAUAAGUAGUGGGAGCAGCGGAAGAAUCGGUGGCGACGAGUCGGGGUCAGUCAGCGGUAGGCGCUGGCCGGCAAAGCAGCUCCGCGCGUGCGGCCCCCCGAGCCCGGAAGCGGCCGACUGGCGAACGCGCGAUGUACGCGGGCAGCGGCGCUUACGAGGCGGCCUGCGAGCCAGCCUACCAACUGUACCCCGGCGCCGGCGGCGAUUUCCAGCAGCAGCCGCAGGCCCAGCUGCUGGGGCCCGCCGCCGCCGAGAUGCCGCCGGACUCGCCGCGCUCCAAGCGAGCCAGAUCCGAUGAGGACGACCCGAGCUCGGGCAAGUACAGGAGAAUGGACGACGACAGCAUGCAGGACAAGGAACGCUUUGCCAGCCGGGAGAACCACUGCGAGAUCGAGCGUCGACGCAGGAACAAGAUGACGGCCUACAUCACCGAGCUGUCGGACAUGGUGCCCACCUGUUCGGCGCUGGCGCGCAAGCCCGACAAGUUGACCAUCCUCCGCAUGGCCGUUGCCCACAUGAAGGCCCUGCGCGGAACGGGCAACACGAGCGCGGAUGGCACUUACAAGCCGUCCUUCCUCACGGACCAGGAGCUCAAGCACCUGAUCCUCGAGGCGGCCGACGGCUUCCUAUUUGUGGUCAGCUGCGAUAACGGACGUGUGAUCUACGUGUCGGACUCGGUCGCACCAGUGCUCAAUUACUCGCAGAGCGAAUGGUACGGCAGUAGCCUCUACAACCAGGUGCACCCGGACGACGUGGACAAGGUGAAGGAGCAGUUGAGCACGGCCGAGCCGCAGCAUGCCGGCCGCGUGCUCGAUCUCAAAACCGGCACCGUCAAGAAGGAGGGCCACCAGUCCUCGGUGCGCCUGUGCAUGGGCUCGCGACGGGGCUUCAUCUGCCGCAUGAAGGUAGGUAACCUGCAAGCGAGCGGCGACAUGGCCGCAGCCCACGGCCUCCAGCGCAUGAAGCAACGCAAUUCCCUGGGGCCACCGGCACGCGAUGGCCAGAGCUACGCCGUGGUCCACUGCACCGGCUACAUCAAGAACUGGCCGCCCACCGGUGAUUUUGUUGCUCCGCGUGUGCCCCCAGGUGUGGGCAUGCCCGGUGAGCAGCGAGCCUCCGUGCCGGGUCCUAAUGACGGCGUCGUGGGUGACGACGUGCCCACCCACUACUGCCUCGUGGCCAUCGGGCGACUGCAGGUCACCAGUACACCGAACACCAGUGACCUCGGCGGCUCCAGCAGCAAUAGCGAGUUCAUUUCGCGCCACUCAAUUGAGGGAAAAUUCACUUUUGUCGACCAACGGGUGGGAGCCAUCCUGGGAUACAGUCCAUCUGAGCUCCUCGGCCACCCUUGCUACGAGUUCUUUCACCCCGAGGACCACACUCACAUGCGCGAGAGCUUCGAGCAAGUACUCAAACUUAAGGGCCAGAUGUUGUCUGUGAUGUACCGCUUUCGAGCCAAGAGUCGCGACUGGGUCUGGCUGAGGACCUCAGCGUUCUCCUUCCUCAAUCCCUACACGGACGAGGUUGAGUACAUCGUUUGCACCAACACCACCGCCAAGUCGCUGCAUGGCGCCGGCGCUGGUGCGCCCGAGGGCCAGGCUCAGCCCGAGAACGAGGUGGUCUCGGCCUACGGCCAACCUAGUCUGGACUACGCUCUGGACAGCAGGCAUUCGGCUAGGAACCCUAUGUAUCCGGCAGCCAACGCCCACCACAUGAUGCAGCACGCGAGCGGAAUGCCCACCGCAGGACCUGCGACCCAGGCACCGCCACAGCAACCGCGGCCAUCAAGCACGCAAAAUGUUUACCCGAACUACGAAACCACUCAGUCUCCCAUAGCUUAUGGCUCGCCCAAUCAGCAAAACACGCCAUCAGCGGUGCUCAAUAGAAUUCAGAAGCCACCCGCGAAUACCUCACCCACGCCGGCCGUUCAGCAGGCGACGGCAAACUGGCCGGCUAUUGGCCGGCAGCAACAGCAGCAGCCGGUGGCUUGCGAAGGCUACCAGUACACUCAAUCCAGCCCCUCGAGGUCUCCGAGUGGGCCAACUUAUACGCAAUUGAGUAGCGGAGCUAGGACCCCGGCCAACCAAUAUCACGCAGUCACAACAGUGCCUAAUAACAAUACCGCCGGAAUGUGGAGCUGGCAGGGGCAGCAGCAACACCAAGGUCCCUCGCAAGACUCCACUGGUCAGCCUAAUGCUCAGGUGACUGGGCAACCACAAGCAACACACCCUAACGCUACUGGCCCAUCGGGACCCCAAACCCAAGAGUUAUCCGAUAUGUUGCAAAUGUUCCAGGACCAAGAAUUGGGCAUUUUCAACGCUAAUUUCGAAUGAACUGAUCGAUUCGUUUAGCGUACCAGCCUCAAACUGCAUACUCGAUUUGUUGCAAUCGAAUGAUUCAUUCUUUCUCAUGAUAACGUCCAUAAUUUUUUUUUCUUUUUCUUUUUUUUUUAUAAAUAUUUUACAAACAUUCUCCAAUCCACGAAUGUAUUGCGAAUGAAAAGAAUGAAUUUGCAUGAGACUUUGAGUGAUUUGCUGAUACAACUGCGAUAGGUUUAAGCAUUAUAUAUAAUAUUUGUUGAGUCGCGAGUGUUCAACAGCUCUUGAUCAUAUGUUGAUGUAGACGUAUAGUGUAUAUUUACAUGAAUUUUCGGAUCGAAGUUUCGAACUUUCACAGAGUUUAUUUACUGAAUAAUCGAAAUAAACUGCCCGGGAAAAAAAUUUUUGUUAUAUAUUAGUUACUGUACAAAACGAAUUUUCAAACUAUUUUUAAACCAUGACUUCAAACUCGCUUCUGCUCUAAGUUUAAUUAUUAUUAUACAUCUAUCUAUAUCAAUAUACGCUCGAAUUCAUUUCUGUUUGAUCACUCAGCGAUGUAUAAAAAAAGUAUUAUGCGAGAUACCACCAUUUUAAUGCACUAUUUAAAAUCAGUAAACCAAAAUAACUUACGAUGAAUCAUCGUUCAGAGAUCUUAUUUCAAAGUCCAAAAAUGUAUACAAUAAAGGGAAAAAAUCGGUUCGUCGUUACGGCAUUGACAAGGUUAAAUAACGCCAAAUAAAAUUCUAAUGAGUAAAUUGGAUAGUCGACAAUGCAUCUGAUCAAAUGAUAGAGGCACUGUGAUAAAAAAAAAGAAAAAAAGGAAUAGUAUCGGUCUAAACAUAUCCGUAAUACAAUGGACAUAGCAAAAAGAGACUUAUUUUUAUCAUUUUAUACCUUUCUGGUAGCCAAACCAUAAUUGGGGAGAAGAAAUGAGAAUUUUUUUCCAUUAGCGUAGAAUAAGUACUGUUAGAGGGACGCUUGAUUGUGCUCUAUAAACUAAAAUGUCAGCUGAAAAUUUCGCUUUACAAUUUUUUUCUUCUGAAAAGCUAAUGCACAAAAUAAUGCACUUGUAAUUUAAUAUAAAAAUAUUUACUUGAUAAUUUUUUCAUACACGUAAAAUUUAUUGGUUAGAUGGAUUAGAUAUGGAUAAAUAAUUUGGUUCAAUUGUUAUUGUAAACUAUAAUUGAAAAUAAAUAACAACUUUUUUGGAAUUACAAUGCUCAAUCAAACAAAUGCAAAUUGAUAAAGAGCAAUAUUACCUUAAUAACUCGUCGACAAUACUAAUUAUCAGUGAAGCAUAGAUGAAUCUAUUUUUUCUGUUUAUUAUGUAUCUUUGGAAAUAUCUAUGGUGGCAGUUUAAUACAUACGUUAAUAAAAGAAACAAAAUAUAGGAGAUACUGUAGAAAUUUUAUAAAAAUUUUUAUUCUUUGAUUGACUUGCUUUUUAAGGUAAAAUAAUCUUAGAAUAAGGAAUUCAGCUCGAUUAUGUGAAAUUAUUAUUAUAAUUAUAAACGGUGCAAUCGUUGUAGUCUCUCUCUCUCUCUCUCUCUCUCUCUCUCUCUCUCUCUCUCUCUCUCUCUCUCUCUCUCUCUCUCUCUUUAUUAAGAUAUUCGUAAAAU